CUGGGUGCAGACAUGCACGUGGACUCCGCCCCUGACAGCUCAGGGAGGAGAAACUGAGGCCCCACUGCGGCCGGCAGCAAUAUCCCCCCUAAGAGGAAGGCUGUGGGUUCCCCCAAGCCGGCGCACUUCGCAGCCCCUGCGGCUCCGGGACAGAAGCUCACGCUCCCCAGCUCCGACCUCGCGGGUCCUGAGAAGGCGGGCUCGGGUCAGACCUGGGGGCCGGGGUCUGGAGGCUGGGCACAGCGCGGAAGGGCCGCCCGGCCCCGCCCCCUGGCGCCGCCAUUGGCAGCGGCGGAGGCGGUGGACCCGCUGCAGGGUGCGCUCGGGCGCUCAGCUCUUGGAAGGUCCGGACUUGGCAGCUCCGGGUGAUCGCGGCUGGGCCGGCAGGGGCCGGGAGCCUGCGCUCUCUCGGCGGCUCACUCUGGCACCCGCUCCCGGGCAGCCACGCUGGGCGCGCACUCCCACUCCCUCUGCGCGCGCGGCUGCGAGGCGCGAUGGACGCGGCGCUGCUCCACAGUCUGCUGGAGGCCAACUGCAGCCUGGCGCUGGCCGAGGAGCUGCUCUUGGACGGCUGGGGGCAGCCUCUGGACCCCGAGGGUCCCGACUCCUACUGCAACACGACCUUGGACCAGAUCGGGACGUGCUGGCCCCGGAGUGCGGCCGGAGCUCUCGUGGAGAGGCCGUGCCCCGAGUACUUCAACGGCGUCAAGUACAACACGACCCGGAAUGCCUAUCGCGAAUGCUUGGAGAAUGGGACGUGGGCUUUGAGGAUCAACUACUCUCAGUGUGAGCCCAUUUUUGAUGACAAGCAGAGGAAGUACGACCUGCACUACCGCAUCGCCCUUGUUGUCAAUUACCUGGGCCACUGCGUCUCCAUGGCAGCCCUGGUGGCCGCCUUCCUGCUUUUCCUGGCCCUGCGGAGCAUCCGCUGUCUGCGGAACGUAAUCCACUGGAACCUCAUCACCACCUUCAUCCUACGCAACGUCGCCUGGUUCCUGCUGCAGCUCAUCGACCACGAAGUGCACGAGAGCAACGAGGUGUGGUGCCGCUGCAUCACCGCCACCUUCAACUACUUCGUGGUCACCAACUUCUUCUGGAUGUUCGUAGAGGGCUGCUACCUGCACACGGCCAUUGCCAUGACCUACUCCACAGAGCGCCUGCGCAAGUGGCUCUUCCUCUUCAUCGGAUGGUGCAUCCCCUGCCCCAUCAUCAUCGCCUGGGCUGUCGGCAAACUCUACUAUGAGAAUGAGCAGUGCUGGUUUGGCAAGGAGCCCGGAGACCUGGUGGACUACAUCUACCAGGGCCCCAUCAUCCUUGUGCUCCUGGAUCCUAAUGACAAAGCUGCGAGCGUCCACCACCUCGGAGACGAUGCAGUACAGGAAGGCGGUGAAGGCCACCCUGGUCCUCCUGCCCCUGCUGGGCAUCACCUACAUGCUCUUCUUCAUCAACCCCGGGGAGGACGACCUGGCACAGAUUGUGUUCAUCUACUUCAACUCCUUCCUGCAGUCCUUCCAGGGUUUCUUUGUGUCCGUCUUCUACUGUUUCUUCAACGGAGAGGUGCGCUCGGCUCUGAGGAAAAGAUGGCAUCGCUGGCAGGAUCACCACUCCCUGCGAGUGCCUGUGGCCCGGGGCAUGUCCAUCCCCACGUCACCCACGCGGAUCAGCUUCCACAGCAUCAAGCACACGGCCGCUGUGUGACCCCCGGCCGCCCACCGGCCCCGCACUCCUCCCCGCUGGAGGCUGCUCCCCGUCCUCUCCCUGUUCUUUCUGGGCUCUCCUUGCUGCAAGGGCCCUGGUGGGGACCGGAGGGAAGGAGCUGGCGUCGCAGCAGAAGGGGGCUCCCGGGGACCAGAGCCGCUGGGAACAGAGGGACGUCACGUUGACAAGAGCUGGGCACGCUUCCUCGGGCGUUUGCCUCUCGCUCUGGAUCCUCACGUAGCCCCAUUAACAGGUGAGGAAAAUGAGGCCUGGGCCGGGGAAGGGCCCGCCCAGGGCCACAGUCAGUUGCCACUCCGUGCCAGCAGCUGGGUGGUGGUUGGGCGUCCUCUGCAAGUGGUGGAGGCAGGAACUAGGUCGUCCCAGGGCUGUCACCAGGAGGAGCCUCCUCUACCCCACCCCCUCCCCGGGCAAGGCCCAUUCAACCGGGAGCAGGGACUCUGCAGCAACAACCAAUGGGGAGGUUCCUGGGCGUGGCUUCGCAGGCCGGGCUCCGGGAGAGAGAAGCCCUCGGGCCGUUGGCUCCCAAAGGGCUUCCGCCCUAGGCACCUUCCGCUGAAAUAAACUAAGGAAAAUUCUGUGUCCCAUCUUCCCAGUUUUAAGUUGACAUCUUAUAUUUUUUACAUGUUUUAAAACACGUGGAGGGCUUUGGUCAAUAUUUACAUUUCAAAAUGAAACCGCCACAUUUCAAAAGACAUCGGUUGGAAUCUAAGCUCCUCAGCGAUGUACCACAUUCAGCCUCAUCUGUUUCAGACACAUGGAACCAGCUCGGCUUUAGCAGCUGGAAUCUGGACAACGCUCCCUCUCUCUCUCACUUCCAUUUCCCAGAAUUUACACUAGGGAAAUGUUUCUUUGGUUGAAAGUAUUUUAUCGCUCACUUCUCUGCCACAAAAUAAAUUUAUGAGUUGAAAUUAAAAUAUUUGGUUUCCUGGGACAGAAGGCUCUAAGGGUUUUUUUUUUUUUUUAAAGAUAUGACUUUUAAUUUUUAUUAAAGAUUCAUUUAUUUGAAAGAG